UUUUUUGCUAAAUCAGGAGGAUUAUGGGUAGGCAUUGCCAAGGAUGUUGCGAUAAAGGGCAGGUAAUGAAGAAGCAGAGGGAUGAAAUAGAAGAUCUAGAUGAUGAGAUUUGGAGGAAUGAGAAGUGUAUUAAGAAGAAUGAAAAGUGUAUUAAGCAUCUGAGAAAUGUCAUAAAGAAGCUUAAUAAUGGAGAAUACCAACCUUACUAUCUGAAAAACCAAGGAGAUGACUUUGAUGACGAAUGAGAGGAGUGAUCAGAUCUUCAAGAAGAAUUAGAUCAAUGAAAUAAUGUUAUAAAAAAUCUUAAGAAGCAACUGAAGAAGUCGCAGAAGGACUGGAAGAAGAAAUUUGACCAGCUGGAGAGAAGGUUCCAGAAGAAAGCUCAGCAGUGAGAGGUGGGUAGGCAAGAUAUUACAGCCAUGAAGGAAGAGAAUGAUGUGCUUACUAUGAUGUAUAUAAGCUUGGUGGAGGGGAAUUCGAGGGAGAGGUGUCAUGGGGGUGAAUUUAAGCAACAGAGUGAAGAAGAUAGGUCUUGGAUAUGGAAUAAUGAUGAGGAGCAAAAGAAAAUCCAGAGGGAGAAUGAGAGUCUGAGGAAAGUUCUUGAGAAGAAUAGAUUGCAUAUUUCUGCUCUUCAGAAAUCAACUUUGCCAAGAGAGCCUGUAAUUGCUGCUCAAGUACCUGGAUUAGGCCCUCCAAACUACCAAGUAUUAUUCACGACCCUAAUCAACAAGCUUCAAAAAUCAAUAGAGUGUCCUAUCAGCUUCACCAGCAUCACCUCUCCUGCUGUAUGCCCAUCAGGGAACACGGUCGACGAAGAUGUCUUCCUCAAACUUGUAGCCUCCAACAGUAAGGACCCGUUCACGAAGGUAGGGGACUGCAAAGCCUUGGUCGUUAACAGGUACAUGCUUCAGGUGAUCGCCAUUCUGAAGGAAUUUGGAUGAAGAGUUGAGUAAAUUAAUUGUUAAGUGAGACAAGGAUGAA